AUGGAGUAUCGAACCAUUACUAACCUUGAUGAUACUCAAUCACUUAUAGUACCUCUAAUCGGCUCAAAUCUUGAUGAGAUUAGAUAUUUGAGACCUAGUAAUUUCUAUGGAGAUAUAGAAAUUAGCAAAAUAGCUAUUGCUUGUGUAAAUAAUACCAACUAAUAAUAACUUUUAGCUUUAACAAUUAUUUUUGCUCCAUAAAACUGGAACCACAAGUUGUAAAAAGACAAGCCUGUUACAUUUAUUCUAAACACAAGAACAACAAUUUACGCAAGUGUCAAUUAGCUUAAGGGAUACACCAUUUCAAGAAAAGAUGAUAUUGAAUCCUUGUUUUAUACAUUAGUAGUACUUUCAGGAUAUAAAUUAGAACAGAUAACUGAUGAAAAUCAAGUAAACUUAGUUAAAAAGAAGAAAUUUGAAGGAACCGCUUUAGAGAGUUACUAGGAACUGAUGUCAUACUAUUUAAUAAAGAGCUGUAUAUCUGAAGAAAGCUUAUUGAAGUCGAAUCUGCCAUUCACCUUAAUACUUUUGUGGAAGCACAUUUAAAAAAUGUUAUAUGAGGACGAGCCAAACUACUAAUAUCUCAUAACUUUAUUCCAGUCAAAUCUAAGUGCUUUAGAUGAUCCUGACAAGAUCGUAGAAAUAGAUUUGUUUUAAGAGGAUUAAUUAUGGAGUUUCUAUCACUCAAUCUUUGAAGAAUACAAAUAAUCUAGAUAUGUAAAAAAUAAAGCGAGACAAGAGAGUAAAUUACUUUAGGUUAAUUAAGAAAUUGAUUUUGAAAUUGCUGAAGAAAAUUAAACUAACUAAAGUAUUGAGGAAAAACUGUGCAUUUACGAUAGAUCCACUAAAUGCUCAAUACUAUAGAGAAAUAGACAAAUUGCAAUCCAGAUCUGA